AUGGGCCGUGCUCUCCUAACAAUUGCCUCCGUCCUCACCAGGCCCCCAGUCAUCAUAAUGACUAUCAAUGCCAUCAAUAUUGCCAAGUAUUCUGUUGAACAGUUCGAUUCCUCGACAGGCGAAAAAGUUAUGUCAAUCAUCUCCUAUUCUACGCCUGGGGUUUUUGCUGCAUGCAUGGCCUGGCUUCUUUGGUACAGGAAGGAGGAUAUGCUCGCUACCAACGCGGAUGAAGAGACUGGUCUGGACAGCGUUGACUAG